UGUUGAGGUGCUUUUUAGACAGUAACUAUUAUCCUGUCUCUCUCUUUCUCCUUAGGUCUGAAGAGCAGGUAAUGGAAGCAACACAAAUCAGUAUGUCACAAGCAUCACUAGUCAAUGGUAGCAUCAGUGCUAAAAUGAAGAGAAACAAACCUCGUGUGAUGUCUAAAAGUGGUCACAGUAAUAUCAGAAUUGACAAGGUAGAUGGUAUUUACUUGCUUUAUCUUCAGGACUUGUGGACCACAGUUAUUGACAUGAAAUGGAGAUACAAACUUACAUUAUUUGCUGCUACUUUCAUCAUGACUUGGUUUCUCUUUGGAGUCAUUUACUAUGCCAUUGCAUUUCUUCAUGGAGACCUGGAAGAGAGCAGGUACCCUCAGAAACAUGUCCCUUGUGUCAUGAAUGUAGAUUCACUAACUGGGGCAUUUCUCUUUUCUUUGGAAUCCCAAACAACUAUUGGUUAUGGCUUUCGGGUUAUCACUGAGGAAUGUCCUCAUGCCAUUUUUCUCUUGGUGGCGCAGUUAGUUCUCACUACAUUGAUUGAGAUUUUCAUUACUGGAACUUUCUUGGCCAAAAUUGCUAGACCUAAAAAAAGGGCUGAGACCAUUAAGUUCAGCCAUUGUGCUGUCAUAACCAAACACAGUGGACAGCUUUGCCUUGUAAUCCGUGUAGCAAAUAUGAGAAAGAGCCUCCUGAUUCAGUGCCAGCUAACUGGAAAGCUUCUUCAGACCUAUGAAACCAAAGAAGGAGAAAGGAUUCUGCUAAACCAAGCUAGUGUCAAAUUCCACGUGGAUUCAUCAUCAGAAAGCCCUUUCUUGAUUCUACCUCUGACUUUUUACCACAUUUUGGAUGAGAGCAGCCCUUUAAAUGACCUGACACCCCAAAAUCUAAAGGAAAAGGAUUUUGAACUCAUUAUCCUUUUGAAUGCCACAGUAGAAUCCACAAGUGCUGUAUGCCAGAGCCGAACAUCAUAUAUUCCAGAGGAGAUCUUCUGGGGUUUUGAAUUUUUGCCUGUGAUUUCCCUUUCACAGAAUGGAAAAUACGUUGCAGAUUUUAGUCAAUUUGAGCUGAUCAGAAGAAGCAUUGACUGUACAUUAUACAGUAUGGACCCUGAAAAGCAAAAAUUGGAAGAGCAAUAUAGAAAGGAAGAUCAGAGGGAGAGAGAACGCAGAACCAUGUUAUUACAACAAAGUAAUGUUUGAUGGCUCAUUUAUAACAAAUUAUACUGUAGAGAACAUUUCUAUAUGAAAGUCAUUUACUCAAACACUAUGAUUUUAUCAGAAUACAUUAUUAAUUAUUUUUCAGUUUUUGUGUAACAUAUGCCACAACAAUGGAAAAUUGAGGUAUACUUUGGGAGUAUAAAACCUGCCUUAAUAUGAACAAAACUGUUAUUAUGACUAGUAGCGGCACACCAGAGUUCCAGAUAGGGAAUUUCACUAGCGCUAUCUGGAACUGGAUCCAUGACAUCUACUGACAUCUUUCUCCAGUGCUAAAAUGAAGUAAAAUGGUUAGCAUAUUGACAUUGUGCUGCCAAUGACUUUCUGAUCUGCAUCACUGGUGAUAAGCUGUUCUGUUUUGUCCAGUAUAACACAGGGUAGAAAGUCAGUAGAGUUAAUGCCUCUACUUCUUAAUUCCUCCCUUUCUUCUUACCAUUAGAGACAGAAUGUGGUUACCAUGUUGAUCUCCAGAGCUUUACCAUCUUCCUGUUGGUUGGUGUUUGAUAUAUGACAAUUGAUUUUCAAUGGUUGUACCUGAAGUUUGAUAUAUUGAACAUAUUUUUCCAGAUACAAAAGUUUGAUAUUUUGAGCAUAUUUCUCCAGAUAUAAAAAUCUACAUUGGUAUUUGUUUCAGAUAUAAGUAGUGAUUUUUAAAGUUUAUUGACAGGAAGUAUUAUGAACACUGGUACUUUGUACAGUGACACCAUGAUAUGAUGAAAACAGUUUGUAUGAUUCUGUCAAACUUAUUUUGUGUGGAUCUUAAUUGCUAUUUUUCUAAACUGACAUUUUUCUCUCCUUGUCCAGCUUAAAUUUGUACAUUAUUGAUAAUGUAUAAGAUAAAAAUCAGAACGGAAAAACAGAGGAAGAUCAAGCUUUGCUCUGAGUUCUCUCAUCAGCAUACUACUGAUCAAAAGCUUAAUAUGAAGUUCUCACAUUUUUAUUUGUACCCCUAUUAUUUUUAUGAGUAGAUCACUGUGCAACCCUAUCCAGUAAACCUUACUUCUCCUAUUGUCCCCAGAACAACAACUUUGUGAGGUGGGUUGGGUUGAGAGAGAGUGACUGUCCCAAAGUCACCCAGCUGGCUUUCAUAACUAAGGGAGAACUUGAAUUCAACUCUCCUGCUUUCUAGCCUGGUGCUUUAGCCACUAGAUCAAACUGGUUCUUAUAUAAACAAUGGUUUAAGGAAAGUGCCUGCACACAUCCUUUUUUUGGGUCAUUUUAGAUGAGCAAGAAAGAAUAAAAUAAAUGGCUCCAUAACCUUUUUGUCGAGUGCAAACUACUUUCUGCCCAGACAGUCUUCAAUGUAUUCACCAAUGCAAGUGAUCAUGUUGGCCCACAAUGUUGCUCUGUCUCUCUCUCUCACUCACUUUCCCUCCCUCCCUCCCUCCCUCCCUCCCUCCCUCUCCCUCUAAAGGACAGAUUUAGAAACAUGUAAGGAUGAUGUUGAAGACAACAAUCAUAUAGGGGAAAUGUGGGUAACAAUAUUUUGCUUUUAUGAAGUAAUCUAUUUUAAAAGGUUGUUUAGCUUUGCCUUAGAAAACUGUGUAAUGCUCUUAAAUAAAGGAUUCUGAAAUAGUUACUGGCAAUAUUGGUUUGAACAUGUCAUCUGUGAAUGCUUGCUGUGCUAUUAAUAGGACAUGUAUAAA